AGUAACAGUGAAAUCGCCAUUCGUCGCCAGUAUUUCAUUGUGGUAUUUGAUGAAUACAAUAGAUAUUCUAAUCUGUUCACGAUUCUACAAUAAUUACUACCUAAUACCCUCGUGUUUUAUACGCUGAAAAAUGGCUGAAUAUAGUUGUAACUUGUCUGACAAUAUGGGCGCUUUGUCUGUCGCCGAUGACCACUCCAUAGAACUCGGAUUGGACGACAUCAUUCGGGCACAGCUAAGAAAAAUAAAAAAUGAUUUUGAUAGUGUUUUCUCGUGGGACAUCCUUCAAUUAUCAGGAUAUAAUCAAAAUAUUAUGUACAACAUAAUUGAUCGAGUACAAGAAAACCUAGAAAUGAUCAUCAUAGAUGGAAAGGAAAAUGAAUUCAAUUUUUCUAGAUUCUAUUCACAAUUAAUUGUUAUUCACGAAGAUUACACGAGCAAAUGAUAUAAGGAGUCGUAUGUGGGAAUUGAAACUAUUGUUAAAUUUAUGGAAACGUGUACAUUUGACGAGUCAAACAAACAGUACUCUGAUGCAUACCAUCAUAUUGCACGGGCCACCAAAGCGUAUAUUGCAUCAACACUGAAGAUUGAUUCAAAAAAGGUAAAUAUUAAUUAUUGUUUUA